AUGGCAUUUAGAUAUUCUCCUUCGUAUGUUUCCCAAAACAAAGCGUUUUGGCGUAACCUCCUCGGGUUACUUUGUAUAUUUACACUUGUGCUUACGGCGGUCUCAUCACCACCUGAAGAUCCUGUCAAGUGUACGUCAGGAAACACGAACUGUACAGUCACCAACUCAUACGGAGCCUUUCCAGAUCGGUCCACAUGUCGAGCCGCCAACGUGGCGUAUCCAACGACCGAAGCUGAACUCAUCUCUAUCGUGGCUGCAGCCACUAGAGCCGGACGGAAAAUGCGUGUAACCACUCGAUAUUCCCAUAGCCUCACUAAGCUCGUGUGUACAGACGGAACGGACGGUUUGUUCAUAAGCACAAAGUUUCUAAACCACACGGUUAGAGCCGAUGGAGAGGCCAUGACCCUGACGGUUGAGAGCGGCGUGACGCUUAGGCAGUUAAUCGCUGAAGCGGCUAAGGUUGGAUUGGCGUUGCCUUAUUCACCGUAUUGGUGGGGACUUACCGUAGGUGGUCUGAUGGGGACCGGUGCUCAUGGUAGCUCUUUGUGGGGUAAAGGAAGUGCGGUCCAUGAUUAUGUGACCGAAAUCAGAAUGGUUAGUCCUGGUUCGGUUAAUGAUGGGUUUGCAAAGGUUAGAGUGUUAAGCGAGACUAUGACUCCUAACGAGUUUAACGCGGCCAAGGUUUCUCUUGGUGUUCUUGGAGUUAUCUCUCAGGUGACUUUUAAGUUGCAACCGAUGUUCAAGAGAUCAUUAACAUAUACUAUGAGAAAUGAUUCGGAUUUCGGGGAUCAAGCUGUGACAUUUGGGAAGACGCAUGAGUUUGCGGAUUUCAUAUGGUUACCGAGCCAAGGCAAAGUGGUUUAUCGCAGGGAUGACCGAGUACCGGUCAAUCCGUCGGGUAACGGUUUGUUUGAUUUUUUGCCGUUCCGUUCACAACUCUCUGCGGCAAUAGCCAUCAUAAGAUCAUCAGAGGAGACGCAAGAGACGCUGAGAGAUGCAAAUGGGAAAUGUAUAGGAGCCACACUACUUUCAUCUACACUGUUUGCUACCUCAUACGGUUUGACCAACAAUGGCAUUAUCUUUACCGGUUAUCCAGUCAUUGGAAACCAAAGUCGUAUGAUGUCGUCAGGAUCAUGUCUAGAUAGCCGUCAAGAUGGAUUGAUAACCGCAUGUGCAUGGGACUCACGAAUCAAAGGCGAAUUUUUUCAUCAAACAACUUUCAGUGUUCCUCUAACGCAAGUUAAAAGUUUUAUCAACGAUAUCAAAUCUCUCGUCAAGAUUGAGCCAAAAUCUCUAUGUGGCCUUGAACUCCAUUAUGGUAUUCUAAUGCGUUACGUCACACCAUCUCCGGCUUAUCUAGGGAAAGAAAUCGAAGCCCUAGACUUCGACAUAACUUAUUACCGAGCUAAAGAUCCAUUAGCACCGCGACUAUACGAAGAUUUUAUUGAAGAAAUCGAGCAAAUUGCAUUGUUGAAAUACAAUGCAUUACCACAUUGGGGUAAAAACAGAAACUUAGCGUUUGACGGAGUGAUUAAAAAGUACAAGAAUGCGCCGGCGUUCUUGAAAGUAAAAGAAAGCUAUGAUCCAACCGGUUUAUUCUCGAGUGAAUGGACCGAUCAAAUCCUAGGAAUCAAAGGAAACGCGACGAUCGUAAAAGAUGGAUGUGCAUUGGAAGGUUUGUGUAUAUGUUCCAAGGAUGCUCAUUGUGCUCCGACCAAGGGAUAUAUGUGUCGGCCGGGAAAAGUAUACAAAGAGGCUAGGGUAUGUACACGUGUUAGUGGCAUAAGUUUGAUUCAAUCAGCAAGUUAUUAA